UUCAGUUACAUUUAAAUAUUUAUUAAAUAUAAAACGACGUUCAUGGCUCUUGGUAGACCUGCCACUUGUAUCUCUGCAGAGAGCGCUGCGGUAUCAUUUUACAGGUGGAACCUUGGCGUUCGUUCCCACAAUUCUCCCCGGUUGGUUUAGUGUUGCUGCUUCCGGUUUUGGUACGAACUUCUCUGGUGACUAAUAUGAUGGUGGAAUUCUCUACAGCUUGCCGACAACCUGUUGCAAUGAAGAAGGCCCCUGUCACCGUCCUUCGGUUACCGAGAGGACCAGAUCCCAACAGCCGCGGUUUUGACCCAAACUCCCCGCGGUUCAUCGCCCUGUGUCCCACCUCCAUACCUUCCUCUGCCGGAGAAGGAGCCUGCAUUGAAGAGGAGCAGCGUUCUCGCAGUGAAUUGAGGGAACGCUUUCUCCGCACCCUCAUUAAGAUGUCAAAUAAACCAGUUAAUUUCGACAUGUAUGAGGGUGUGCAGGUGCGGGCCAAAUUCGGAGCGUCAGACAUUGAUGUGCUGAACUUUCAGGUUUCAGAGUUACAGACACCGAUUGGUGUUCAGAAGGAGGCCUUACUUCGCUGUCAUGAUAUGAUUUCAUUUUCUUUUGAUGUAUGACCGUGAACAUAAACGUCUCAUAUGGAUAUGACACAGUUUCCAGAAUUCCACCUCUAGUGAUGGCUAUAAUGUAGGCCUAGCAGUGAUGAGACGCAUCUUUCCCAUGUUUUGGUCCUUACGGAUUACGCAUACACAGGUCCUUUGGCUUUUGCAGUCACUAUGUUAUGACGAAUUGGUGCCACCAGAGGGAGCCCAAUCUAUUCAGAUUACUUUAAUCCCAUUUAUGGUGAGGUUGAUAUUUUGAGUUUAGGGGAACACUCCCUAUGGGAGUAAGGCAGUUUUUUUGGCACCUUCUCAGUUUUUUUUUGCUUUGUGUGUGUGUGUGUGUGUGUGUGGAGAGAGGAGGAAACGUCUGCAGGUGGAACACUGAUAUAAUUGUCUGGAAAACUUGAAUUCCCGGUGCGGGCCCUCAAAGGAAAGGACAACGUUCUGUUUGUCUCGGUUAAUCGUUUUGCAGGGUUCAUGAUGGUGCCUGCCUGGAAGAAGUUCUUGUUUGUGCACACAUCCGUUGGACUGAGUUCUGGAAUAUUUUUGUACCCAACAUUCACCUGGGGUAAGGGAAAGGGGUUCUGAAAUUGUAUUUGGCUAAUAAAGAUUUAAAUUACCCAA